UUGAUAAUUCUGAGAAAAAAUAACUCCGCUAAGCAGGUAGUUAAUUCACUUAGGUUACUCUAUAGACAAAAUGCUUAGUAUAACACAGGGUGAAAAAAAAACAUUAAUGAAAAAUGGGCGUAACUUCGACUGAGUGAGGCAGCUGUCUGUGUAGACGAUCUCUGCAACGGGCGAUAUCUUCCGACCUCCUGUUUCCAACUGUCGGAGGAGGAGGAGAGUCUCCCCAGUUUCCUACCCGAAAUCGGGAAUCUUGAAGAAGCCAUGGCGUCAGGCCUGUCCAGUGUUGUUGUGUUGGCUUUAUGUGUGACUCUGGCCCCUUAUGUAUCUGCAGGGGACGACUGUCAGUCCUAUACAGAUGAAUUUAACCAAUACAAACCAUCCCUGGAGUGCAGCUCGGGUUUUUGCUGUGGAGACUGCACAAGAAGAUACUGCUGUCACCAAAGUAUCUGGAGGUUUUCUGAGGAUAAACAAGAAAGAUGUAAAUACAGUCGUUUUAACAGUCAGGGGCCACAAAUCACCAUGAUCGUUGGUAUUUGUGGCUUUGUUGUCUUCUUACUCAUCGUCAUCUGCUGCUGUGUGUGUCCCUGCUGCUGCCUGUACAAGAUGUGCCGCAAGCCAAGACCUGUGGUAACUACCACCACUCACACCACAGUGGUCACCACCUCUCCUCAGCAGUACCCUCAGCAGUACCCCCAGCAGCCAACUGCUACACCUGGUCAGCCUCAGUCCUACCAGGGGGCACAGUAUCCACCCUACCAGCCCAUACCAGUGCAGACGGGUUAUGGAGCCCAGCCAAUGCCGCAGGGGUAUGGGCCUCAGCCCCUGCCAACAUCACCCUACCACGGACAAGGGUUCAUAGCACCGCCACCGUCAUAUCAGGAAGCCACUGGCCCCUGCUACCCUCCCAACCCGAUGCCUUACAGCCAGGCUGCAUUUACUCCCGGCCAACCAGCCUACCCUAUGCAGCCUCCUGUCCAGCCGCAGCCCAAUGCUCCACCCGCACACGCAGAUUACCUAACCCAGCCAGCAUACAACCCGGAUUUUGUGGCACCACCACUACCCAAGACUGGAUAGUGCACCACAGCGCCACACUGUCAGCCACUUUAAUCGUGCUGCCACAUUUUCGAACAUGGCAGAACUGGAAAUGUGUGAUCUGAAUCCAGAUGAGAAUUGUUUCUUGAUUCAGGUGACUUGGUUGUUGAAUACAGGGAUGUUAGGACACAUUUGUAGUUGCUGUAGUGCAUCUGUUCUAUCGAAGAGUUGCCAAGUGAAAAUGUUGAUACCUCUUGGUUUGUAUUGCAUGGACUUACAAUAUACAAGUGGUGAGAUUGUUUUUAUAUAUUAUUUCUUAGUGUCUCAAUCUUGGUAAAUUACACAUUAAAGUCUGAGCUUAAAGAUGAAAUGCUUUGACAUUUUCCAGCAUUCUGAACAUGCCUCAACAUCUCCCUUCUAUUCUGUCUAUGCUGUGCACCGGCCGAACAUGCUUGACCUCCUAAUUCACCAUCUACAGUGACUGCAGUCAGACUCUUCAGGACUUUUGGUGCUCUGCCAGUUAAUUUCUGACUGAUAAAAGUGCUUUGAAUGUUUUUUUUCAUGUACUCUUCAUUUUCCUUUGUCCCUGGUGUUUUGGAAGGCAUGCAAUGCUUUUUAUGGAUUACUUGAGAACAAAUCAAGUCAAAAGGGUGCAUCUGUUCUCCCUUGAGGAUUUAUGAUGGAAAGAAUACAUGCUAAUGUCAGUUGAUUACCGAUAUUCAGAGGCUAACCAAGUUAAUAGUGUGUGUUCAGGAAAAAUCCCCCAGCAAAAAGGGAAUGUUAAUCACUCAUCAAUUCAAGCCCUCCACACAGGGGAAGUACACUUCAUAUUUAAGUUUUGUGUUCAUGUUUGUGUUUUCCUUUCUUUUUUUGCUCAGGUUAUUUUCAGUAUUUGUUUUAAGGCGAGACACCACAGUCAGAUAAGAUAAAAUUUUUUUGUUUACUUUGUGAUAUACCAAUGAGGUAAUUCCUCAUUAAAUAUGUGCUGAUUUGUAUAUCACACAAAUAUAUCCAUUUUCCAGCACAUUAGUAAGAGUCAGAUGGAUUUUUUGGCUUUGUUGUGACAAUAUACCAAAUGUCCAGACAUUUGGCCACGGUUCAUCAAAAUAUAGUUUUUUAAUAGAUUUAUUCAAAAUGUGUGAAGGAAUUAUAAAAGAUAAUUUAAAAAAGCUCUCUAAAUGUCUUGCUAUGAGACCUCAGAAGCAGUGUGUAAAAGGAAGACGAUCAUCACUACCCUGCAGAGCGAGGCAAAUUGCUUGGAGUCUGAAAAUUGACAGAUUGAAGCAAAAUCAUCAUUUUGGACUGUGGUGUCCGGCCUUGAAACGUGUAACUGAGCUGAAAUACAUCGGCAGCUUUAAAUGAAAUAUGCCUUAGUGAUUAAAAAUUUUUUUUUAAUCAACCAAACAUUCAUAUAGUCAAGUUCACAAAAACAAAUGCUAUACUUACAAAAUGCAUGAAACAACUGUGCCUUCUUAGCCAUGUUGUGUGUAUGUAAUUUAAUUUAGUUUAAAAUCUCCUUUUCCUACUCAGUAUUGUGUUAUUUGCCUGGAAAUUGUCAUCAUCAUUGCCUGUAUUUGACUGUACCAGCAUAACAGUCAGGUUUGAAUAAUUAGUCUGUAGUUUUUUUAUUGUCUAAAACCAAACUAAAAGCCUUCCUCGCUCUUCUUUGUCACUCAUGUUUUUCUGUAAUGGAGCCAUCACUUCUGCUUUCUGCAAUAACUUACUGAAGUGACCUUUUUCUUAUGAUCCAGCUGAACGUGGUAAAGUCACAGUUCAUGUGACGAGCCAGACAUUGAUCUUUUGAGCUACUCUAUAUGAAAUCCCUCACUUUUCAACUUCCUUUGUUUAGACGUUGGUUGUGGUCAAAAAACACAAUAGCAUUACAUGAGUAUCGCUGGUACAGGUUUCUAAAUGACAAACUCAUCACAUCUGUGCUGUGGUUUAUAUUAUUUUACCGUCUGACAUGAGAAACCACAUGCCAGCGAACAUAAGUGGCCUGGUGUCCUCACGUAUCUUAAUUUUACAAUUCACAAAAAAAAACAAAAACAAUUUUGUGAGGAAUGUGCAUCUGUUUCUUACAUCGACCAAGCGAUUUGUCUGUGUACUUAAUCAUAGGCUUGCCUGAAUCUGUCUUAUAAAUGUGUUCUGUCUGUGAUUUCAGUCCUUUGGCCAGUGUUUAUUGUUCAAGGUGACUUCAGUUGGAGUGUUUUUAUUUGCGUGUGUGGAUUAUAGCCAUUUGUGUUCUUUAUGAAAGGCAUACCAGUAAAGAUUUAUUCUUG